CAGUCAGUCAGUCAGUCAGUCAGUCAGUCAGUCAGUCAGUCAGUCAGUCACCCAGCCGGCCAGCCAGCCACGCUCAAACCCCUCCCGUCGACCCCACCUCGCUCGCACGUAACGUCACCGACGGACGGACCUAUGGACGACGGAGGCGGAUCGGCUUUGUCCCGCGAGACGUCGCCCCCGGAUGUCCACGCCGGCCGGCACCAUCGGCGCCGACCGUCUGGCUUAUCGCAGAAGAGUUAUAGGAGUCAAAACAGCCAGCACGAUCCGGACGAGAACACUGGCUUGCUGAGUGCCAGCGAUGUUAUCAAUCGUCGAAGCUACUCGUCUGUGCCGGGCACUCCGCGUCCACGGUUAUCACGUCACCAGUCCUCCAACUUGGGUCCCAUGGCGGCACGGGCUAGUAGAGCGCCGUCGUUUACCCAGCGCCUCACGAAAGCCCUCUCGUCGUAUGACCUCAAAAACAAGCGCGACGAGCCGUACUUGGAAGACCGCGUGUGGUACGAUCAGUUUACUUCGACGGACUGGAUUAACGAUGCGAUCAAAGACGCCUAUCGCGUCAAGGCGCUACGAGCAAGACAGGAUAUCCGGGGAAAGCUCUGGGCUUGGUUCGACGGCGCGCAGGGCUGGAUUCUGGUGGCGAUCAUUGGUUUCUUGACGGCUUGCGUGGCAUUCUUUGUGGACGUCACGGAGAAUGUCCUUUUCGAUUACAAAGAUGGAUAUUGCACGAAUGCAUGGUAUUACAGCAAGAGGAAAUGCUGCUUGAGCGAGGACUCGAACGAAUUCUGUCCCAUGUGGAACCACUGGUCAAAACUCAUCGCCGGUUCCGAAACACCCGUGGAAUGGAUAGACUUUGCCGUAUAUGUUUUUCUCACCGUGUUUUUGGCGACUCUGGCAUCGCUCCUCACCAUGACCACCCGGACAGUGCUCCCGGGUGCGCUCCAAAUCCAUACGGUGGAUGAGGACCUGUCGCAGAUCAACGCUCCUCCGAAUAGCUCGGAUUCGUCAACUGUUCGCGAACCAGUCAUGUCCGAGCCUAUUAGUUAUUACUCAGCCGCUGGCAGUGGAGUUGCGGAAGUCAAAGUUAUUCUGUCCGGAUUCGUUCUCCAUGGAUAUCUUGGCUUGAAGACUCUGGUAGUCAAAACUUUCGCCUUGAUCCUGAGUGUGUCUUCCGGCAUGAGCUUGGGCAAAGAAGGACCCUUUGUCCAUAUCGCUACCUGUGUUGGUAAUAUUGCCUGUCGAUUGUUCUCCAAAUACAACCACAAUGACGCAAAACGACGAGAGAUCCUCAGUGCGAGUGCAGCAAGUGGAGUGGCUGUCGCUUUUGGUGCGCCCAUCGGAGGUGUCCUGUUCAGUUUGGAGGAAGUGAGUUACUACUUCCCGGCGAAGACGCUUUUCCGAACAUUCUUUUGCUGUAUCGUGGCUGCACUGUCUCUGAAGUUCCUGAAUCCCUAUGGAACAUCAAAGAUUGUACUGUUCCAAGUCCGUUACGUCACAGACUGGCAUUUCUUCGAGCUGUUCGUCUUCGUCUUCCUCGGUGUCUGUGGUGGAGUCUACGGUGCCAUGUUCAUCAAGGCUAGCAAGUACUGGGCAACGACCUUCAGGAAAAACAAGUUGGUGAAGUCUCACCCAGUCUGGGAGCUGGCUUUCGUGGCUCUGAUCACCGGUCUCCUUUCGUAUUGGAACCGAUAUGUGAGGUUGGCAGUCAGUGAGCUGUUGUUUGAACUUGCUAGUCCCUGCUCUGCAAACCCUUCGGAGAACUCGGGACUCUGCCCAAAGCCCGAUGAGAUACCCGGCACUAUCAUUUACCUCCUGAUUGCCCUUGCUCUGAAGAGUUUCCUGACCGUCAUCACGUUCGGAACGAAAGUCCCGGCCGGUGUCUACGUUCCCACCAUGGUGAUCGGUGGUAUCAUGGGGCACGCUGUGGGACUGACCGUCGAGUAUGCUUACUACAUUUUCCCGGACUCGGCCAUAUUCGCUUCGUGUGGAGUCGAUACGCCUAGCAAGUGCGUCGUCCCUGGAGUCUACGCGAUGGUGUGUGCUGGAGCUGUGAUGUGUGGAGUCACUCGACUCUCCGUUACUCUUGCGGUAAUCCUGUUCGAGUUGACGGGAAGUUUGGAUCACGUCCUGCCGUUUUCGUUGGCUGUUCUUGUCUCCAAGUGGACUGCUGAUGCGAUUGAGCCGUUGAGUAUCUAUGACCUCCUGACCGACCUGAACUCGUAUCCCUACCUGGACACCAAGUCCAAACCGGUAUUCUCAUCGCACCUGGCCGACAUCUGUCCACGUCUCAAAAUGGAUCGAGUAAUCGACAUCUCAGAGUCCUCCCUAAUCAUCGCCAGCGAGCUCCGCGCAAAGCUGAAGCUCCUGCAAUCAGCCGGCCAACUCGACGGUGGGCUUCCCAUCCUCCGCGACGGAGUCCUGGUCGGCUUGAUCCCCGCUCCCGAUCUGGAGUACGGCCUCGAUAGGCUGAGUGAGGAGGAAGACGAGUUCUGCUUGAUGGCCCCUAGAGACGAUUACUUGUCUUCCGAUGAGGAUGGCUCUGUCAAGGAUCCUACGGACUUUACCCCGUACAUUGAUCCUGCCCCCAUGGCCCUCGAGAGGAAUUCUCCCAUGGACCUGGUAUAUGAGUGCUUCGCCAAGCUGGGGCUCAGGUAUCUCUGUGUCCUACGGGAUGGCAAGUUUGCUGGCGUGGUUCACAAGAAGGCGUUUGUAAAGUAUCUUAAGGAAGUGCACGAGGGUCGAGCAACAUGAGAGCGGGGAUGAGGCAGCAUGGGCUAGGCGGGUAGGAUUCAGUAUGCAUUUUGUCUUUGGUUAUAAUGUUAAUGCAUCUGGGCAUAGCAUUGGCGUCUUCUUUGUUUAUUCCCUCGCCAGCAAAUUCACCUUCACUGGUUCCUGUAUUCGUUUGUCCAUUUGAUAUCCCCUUUGAUAGCAGCGGCGGGCUAGGUUUAGAUUGCAAUAGAGAUGGAGGGGAUUGUAGAGCAAUGUGCUGGUGAUCGUGACUUGUACGUGUGUGUGUGUGUGUGUGUGUGUGUGUGUGUGUGUGUG